CCAAAAAAAAUACUUGUACAUAUUCAUAUUCUCCCAAAUAAAGAAAACAGAAUCCAUCUUACAACCUAACAUGCUCAACUUGGUUGUUGGCCACUCUUGCAAAUAGUGCCACUAUGAACUCCCCCAAAAUUCUCUUCUCGCAGUAAAGGACUUGACCAGUCUACUUUUCAAUCUUCACGAAACAACCCCACACAAAAUUACUAAACUUGCAGAUCAGGACAUUCCACCAUUUCUGCACACUGGUCAAACACUGCAACCAAACCCAAAGAUCGCUUCUUAGCCGUUUGAGACUUUGAGUUUCAGUUUUCUUCCCCAUAUUUCUUUUUGUUUUGUUUUGAAUAAUGAAGAAAAAAAACCAAAACCCUACCCAGUAAAACCCUUUUAUUAACCCCCCUCUCUCCGUCAUUGACCUGCUCUCCUUCCUCGCCUUGAUCCUCACGUUUUUUUUUCAUAAUCUUCAACUCUUUAUAACUCCUCACGAAACCCUCAAAACUCCUCCAAGCAAUAAUAAUGAUGCGCGGCUUUCAGUCCAGCUCAGCAUGAACAACGUCUCUCAGAGCUCCUCCUCUUCCUCCUCCGUCAACUCCGCCUCCGAUCCGAAUGUGAGCCGCAGCCGGAGGAGUGCCGACGGCAGCCGGACCAUGGCGGCUGAGCCGUCACGGCGGUGGCGUGAUGUUUUCUGGUUGGGGAUAUUUAUGAUUCAUUUGAUUUUAUUGGGAGGUGCGCUGGCGGUUCUGGGGCUCAAUAGGUUAAAGAGAUCGGAUAGGCUAAACUUAGAUAGGUUCACCAAUAAGUACUUGGAAAAUCAGAAGGGAUUGACUGAGGAUUAUUGGCCGCUUUAUGCUCUUGCUGGUGGAGUUGGGACUGUUCUUGGUUGGACUUGGUUGCUCUUCCUUGGCUCGCAGGCGAAUCACAUGAUGAAGAUUGCGGUGCAUAUCUUGACCACUUAUCUUGCUGUGCUCAGUGUUCUGUGUUUUUGGAUGGAGCAGUUCUUCUGGGGAGUUGCAUUUGCGAUCGGCGCUGGGAUGCUCUUCUUGUAUGUUUUGGCAGUUAUAGACAGACUACCCUUUACCAUGCUCGUGCUACAAGCAGCUGUCAAGAUGGUAUGGAGUCUACCUGAAGUUAUGAGGGUAGCAUAUGCAUUCAUGCUUAUUAUGCUUUUAUGGAUGGGAAUAUGGUCCUUUGGGGCUGCUGGUGUUGUAGCUUUAGGCAUUGGAGAUAGUGGACGCUGGUGGCUUCUUGUGGUUCUCUCUGUAAGCUUAUUUUGGACGGGUGCUGUUCUCUGUAAUACUGUACAUGUUAUAGUGUCUGGGAUGGUGUUUCUUGUUCUUUCCCAUGGUGGUCGAGAGGCCUCAUCAAUGCCUCCGAAGUCACUAAUGAAGUCUCUUCGGUAUGCAGUCACAACUUCUUUUGGCAGCAUCUGCUAUGGUUCACUUUUCACAGCUGCCAUUCGAACUUUGCGCUGGAAGAUCAGGGGAGUUCGGUCCAAGAUUGGCAACAAUGAGUGUCUACUUUGCUGUGUUGAUUUCCUCUUUCAUCUUGUGGAGACACUUGUGCGAUUCUUUAAUAAGUAUGCUUACGUCCAGAUAGCUGUUUCUGGCAAAGGUUUCAAUCAUUCAGCGAGGGAUGCUUGGGAGUUAUUUCAGUCUACUGGAGUCGAGGCACUCAUUGCCUAUGAUUGCUCAGGUGCUGUAUUAUUGAUGGGCACACUGUUGGGUGGGCUUAUUACCGGAACUUGCUCGGGGAUCUGGACAUGGAUUAAAUAUAGGGACAGAGUGGCUAUGGUCGGGUCCACUGCAAUGUUGAUGGGAAUGAUCUUGGUGGGAUUAGCAAUGGUGGUUGUGGAAAGCGCUGUCACAUCUAUCUACAUCUGUUAUGCAGAAGACCCGCUGUUGAUUCAUAGGUGGGAUGCUGAAUUCUUCAACCAGAUGUCGGAGAUGCUACACCAGCGUCUUCAACAUAGGAGUGCCCGGGCAAGGGAAGUGUUGACCCACAAUCGGGUUGAUAACCACCACACACUCGAAACACUCCCUUUUUGAAAAAAUCACUCUGUCUCAUAAAUUGUACAAUGUAAUUAAUAGCUCUAUAGUUCCUCAUCCAAAAUGCAUCAUUUGAGUUUUGUUUUAGGAUAUCUAAUCUUUGUUACACACAAAAGAGCGAAAACUUGAUCGAUAGGCAGCGCUGCGAUUGGGGUCGAGUUGAGCAGAGAAGUCAGGUUCGAAGCUACAAAAUUAGAACAGGCGAGAGCAACUUCAUUUGUAACUUGGUCAUUGAUUGCUUUUGCGGUUUGUAUGACAUUUUCUUGUCUCUUUCUUUU